AUGCCUCGCAAACAAACACAGUUGCGGGGUCCGAAGGACCAGUCCUUCAAGAAAUCGGCGCCCAAGAAGAAAUCUGGAAAGGCGCUCAAUGCCCUCUCGAUCGCAGAAAAGCAGUUCCCAGAUAAGCUUGGUGUCAGGCGCAACCGAUUAGGCAAGGAACUCGAUUUCUCAAAGCGAAAGCGAAACACCGGCCGUGAGCUGGACGACUUAGACGGCCCAGAUAACAAGCGCCGUCGAACCGGAGACGACUCGGAUGACGAUGACAGCAAUGCUGGCAGCGACGGAGAAGGACGCAGGUGGAGGCUAGGUCAGGUCGACAGUGACGACGACAGCGAAUUGGACAGUGAUGAGGCAAUGGGCUCUAGCGAUGAAGAACGUUUCGAAGGCUUUACAUUCCGCGGAAGCUCCAAGACCGAUCCUAAGCCGAAGCCGAAAAAGACUACACGUCGUGAGCGCGAAAUAAAUUUGUCAGAGGAUGUGGAUCAGUCCGAGGAGGAAGAUGAAGACCUAGACGACGAGGACGAUCUCGGAGAGGAUGCUAUAGACCUUACUACCGCCUGGGACUUGAACACCGCCGAGGAAGAAAAGGCUGCAGCUGCAUCAGCCAAACAGAAGAAGACAGAAGACGACGAUUCCGACGAAUACGAUUCGGGUAGCGAGGAUAGCGACGAAUCUGACGAAGAGAGUGACCUGUCGCUGUCGGAAGAUGAGGCUGACGAAACAGACGCGCAUGGGCUCUCAAAAUUGCAGAGCUUUGUCAAUGCCAUGGAAACCAAAACUUCCAAGAAGCCGACUAGGAAAACAGGUGGUGGACAAGAACACGCAAAGCCUACAGAAUAUGGAUUGACAUCAUCGCGAAAGUUGACUAUUGCCGACCUCCUGCCCUCAAUCACGGAUUCUCGCUUAAAGAGUUCUCUUAAGCACGUCGAUGCCGCUCCCUCUCACAAGCAGGCAUCUGGAAUUCCUGGAAAACUGGAUGCGCCUCUUGCGAAACGUCAGCAGGAUCGGUUGGACCGAGUAGCGGCGUAUGAGAAGAGCAAGGAGACUCUGAACCGCUGGCUUGAAACUGUCAAGGCCAAUCGCCGAGCAGAGCACCUUACUUUCCCUCUCCCUGAUCCCAACGCUCAACAAUCGCACAAAAUUGGUCCCGUCAAACCGCAGACAGAUCUUGAAGCUACAAUUCAAAAUAUUCUAGUGGAGAGUGGCUUGGCGGAAGCAAACGGAAAGUCAACUGAGGAACAGGUCCAAGAGUUUGAGGAGCUACAGGCACGGAAAUUACCUAUUGAGGAAAUUCGAGCCCGUAGAGCCGAGUUGCGCAAGCGGCGAGAUCUGCUUUUCCGAGAAGAGGUCCGGGCUAAGCGGAUCAAGAAGAUCAAGAGCAAGUCAUAUCGCCGUGUCCACCGCAAGGAGCGCGAACGUAUGGAAGAGCAAGAGCGACAGGCGCUCCGUGAAGCCGGUGUCGACCUCGAGGAAGAAGAGCGGGAGAUGAAUGAGCGCCGCAGAGCUGAAGCCAGAAUGGGCGCAAAACACAAAGACAGCAAAUGGGCAAAGAGUCUCAAGCAGACCGGUCGGACGGCUUGGGACGAGGAUGCUCGGCAGGGUGCUGCAGACCUGGCCUUGAAAGAAGAAGAGCUACGUAGACGAAUUGAAGGGAAGAGUGUGUCUCGUGCGGACGAUGACUAUCUUGGCUCGUCGAGCUCAGAGUCGGAAGACGAUGAUCCAUGGACGGAGGAUGCUGGCUCUGAUGCUGAAAAACGCAAGCUACGCCAGAAACUCGAGAGACUUGAGGGGGGUGAGGAGGAUGAUACGGAGCUUACUGGUCCCCAUGCCAAAUUACUUUCCAUGAAGUUCAUGCAAAACGCAGAAGCUUCCCGCAAGGCACAGAACGACGCUGAAAUUCGAAGACUGGACCGAGAACUCCGCGGCGAGGAGGAGUCGCAGUCUGAAGCCGAAUCUGAGGUUGGUCGUCGGAAAUUCGGCAAUACGCAAGGCGACAAGGCCGAGAAAGCCAAGAAGUCAAAGCCGAUGCCCAAGAACGAGUUUGAGGAGGCGCUUGGCUCUGAUGAAGAGGCUGAGGCUGCGGAGGCGGAUCCUGAGGUUGACAUCAUUGUCAACCGCACUAAUAAGCAGAAGGGUUCGAAAGCCACGGAACCUUCUGGCAAGAAAAAUAACGUCCGGCCAUCAAACACCACGGCCGAGCAGAAGGAGACUGCUGAUGUGGAAGAGAACCCUUGGCUGGUGCAGACAAAGCGAAACAACCGUCGAACAACUGCAGACGACUCUCAGCAGACUAUCGAUGUCACUCUCGGUGCUGAGGCCGCGGACGGCCCUAAGAAACAGAAGGAUCGACCUUCUGUUGCCUCCAAGAAGCAACAGCACGUGGAAGAUGACAACGACAGUGAUGAGGAAGAUGUCCCUGUCCUUCUGAAGAACCAUGACCUUGUGAAGAGAGCAUUUGCUGGUGAUGAGGUGGUGCAAGACUUUGAUCAGGAGAAAAUUGACACCAUCGAAGAAGAAGGAGACAAAGUCAUCGACGAGACACUCCCUGGCUGGGGCAGCUGGGCUGGAGACGGGGUUAGCAAAAGGGAGCUGAGGCGACAGAAGAAGGUCUUGACUAAAGUCGAGGGUGUCAAACCUGAGAACCGCAAAGAUGCCAAACUUUCUCGCGUUAUCAUCAAUGAAAAACGCAUUAGAAAGAACAACAAGUAUCUGGCUACUCAGCUUCCUCAUCCCUUCGAAACCAAGGCACAGUACGAGCGAUCUCUGCGACUCCCCAUCGGCCCUGAAUGGUCUACCAAGGAGACGCUUCAAAACGCAACCAAGCCUCGUGUGAUGAUCAAACAGGGCAUCAUCAAGCCUAUGGAAAAGCCCAUGAUCUAG